CUUUAUUGUUUUGGUGACUAUUUGAACUCCAUUUCUGUAGCCUAUAACUUCUCUGCUAAGUGAGCAACACUUUUAUUUAACUCCACAGGACAGUUUAACACCAUUGUCUCAGCAGAAUGACGAUUGGAAUCUUUAACAAAUACAGGGACAAGUUAUUCGUCACCAAUCAAGCUUUCACUUCAAAGAUCUUGCAAAACCCUAGCUUCCCUUUCAUUAAAAAGGAUGAUGUCUUUGUAUAUGAAUAUUUCCAUGAAAGUUUACUGAACGGAGCUUUGUUGUUGCUUGCAUCCACUAUCGGCAUGGCUGUGUACGUGACUGUGGACAGUGUGGCGGCCCAUUCAUGCAUCUCGUUCUUUGUGUUCAGCAUGGGGGUGUCGUUGUGGCUCAUCAGUUCAGGGGCCUGCCGCCGGCGUCUUGUGAUUGACCACAGCAAAAAGGAGUACCGAUUUUACAUCCACACACACCUGCGGCACAGGGGGCCCCUUAACCAAAUUUAUAUCCGCAUCAUUACACAAAAAACUGGAGCUCAAGGAACUCUCAUGUACAGACUCAUUCUGAAUGGAUAUAAGAUAGACUGCCAUGCACUCUGUGGCUUCUCUGAAAAAUACAGGCUGCUGGAGUGCCAGGGCAAGACAAUUGCAUCCAAUUUACAGCUGAACUACUUUGACUACUUGGAGUCCUCCAAGCGCCACUUUGUGAUUCACCGGCCUAUUCGACCCAAACCAAGCAAUGUGAAGUUCUGAUUGUGAUGACACCCUUAACAACUCCAAACAAGCUAUAAAAUGCACCAUGCAACAUGUA